CCCUCCCCCUUCACAGCCCAUCUCGAAAAGAAAAAAAAACUUUUUUGUAUCGAAGGAAUCAACAGCCGCCAUCUUGUUGUGACUCGGAAUAGGGAUUUUGGUCCAACAGUGGGUUUAACGUUGAAAUCGAGCAUGCUUUCCGUGAUGUGACAGCGUCCUCCCCCCGAAAAUGAAAUCCUAACGUCGACUCGGAGACAUUUGACGCGGAGAAAGGGAUAUUGCAUCGGUGGUCGUCGGACAGAAAGGCUCGGUAUAUCCGAUUCCCGUCCAGAGUGCGGCGAUUCAGCCCUCUCGCCGUUCGGGAGCAGUAUUGUUUACCGUUGGCAAAUUGGGAUCGGACCGGAGCUUUCGAAGUGUAUUGCAAAAUCCUCCCCAUUUUCGUGCAGCCGUAUAUUUUUGUGGAGCUUUUUUUUUUUUUUUUUUUUUGCAUGAAGAAAAUUGACGUCACCCAAAAUGAGUACUUUGAACAUUUAGCAUUUACGACCUUUUCAUCGGAAUGUAGCAGUUCACCUGAUUUCAUUAGAUCGACGUCUAGAAGUUGGGUGUUUUACAUGGGGAAUCUUUUAAUUUGGAUUAUUUAAUGCUAAUAAUGUGGGUGUUGGGUGUUGGAUUAUCAUGGGGUGAAUGGCGGUGGCGAAGCGGGGCGCUAUUGCAUCUCUUUUGAAGACACCGACUCGCAAAGCACGGAGGAGCUAACUAUCGCUAGCUGUUAACUUAGCUGAUAGCUAGCGUCCAAGCUAGCUGUUAGUCAGUUAGCGAACGUUAGCACCGCUGUCAACUCGCGAAUGUGCUAGCCGAGCAAGCAAAAAUAGCGGUUCUCGUCCAAACUAACCAGUGGGAGAAGACUUUAAAUAAAAACAUGGCUGAAAACCUGCUGGACGUCGGACCUCCGAGCUCGAAGCGGCCGAAACUCAAUUCACCUGCCCUGUCAGCGUCUGAUGGACCAGAUCUUGGAUCACUGUCUUGGGAUGAUUUAGAAAAUGACCUUCCAGAUGAGUUGAUUCCCAAUGGUGGAGACCUGAGCCUCAUCGGUGGGAUGCCUACAAAUGGCGGAGCAGUACCUGGGGCUGGUGUGCCCGGUACUACCACUGUGGUCCCAGAUGCCGCUGCAAAACACAAGCAGCUCUCAGAGCUUCUACGGGCUGGCAGUACGUCCACAAUCACAGGUGUAGGCCUCAGCUCCGGUAGCCCUCAGUCCGGAAGUAUGGGUCCUCAGCUUGGUACACCUUUGGGAAAGAGCCCGCUCAGCCAAGGCUCCCCUAAUAGUCACCCAUCUCCUCAAGCCCAAAAAGCAGCAACACCAACUGGAGUAGCAGGACAGAACAACAACAGUGCUUCAACAAUGAGUCUGAACAACCCCGGCUUCAAUCAGGCCUUGAUGAAUAAUAGCCAGGGUCAUUCUGGACUGUUGGCGCAGGGUGGGCAGUCCCAACCUGGUCAGAUCAUGAAUGGGGGUAUAGGGCCUGGUACUGGAAGAGGGCGAGGAGCAGGGGUCGUCGGCAUGCAGUACCAGGGGCAAACGAUGCAAGGAGCUGUGUCAGGAGCAAGCACUGCUUUGCCAGACACUCUGACCCAAGGAGGGCAGCAGAUGGGUGCACAUGUUACGCUCAGUGCAGCACAGCAAGCAACUAACAUAAACAAGAUGGCUAUGGGUAGCAAUGGUGGUACUUUUGUGACUCAGUCAUAUGGACAGAGUGCUACAGGGCCCGGCCAGCAGCUCAACCCUCAGCAGCAGCUCCAGAACAAGGCCACCCUCGCCAACAGUCUACCACCUUUCACGACUGAACUCAAGGGGACAGCUGUCAACAGUUUGUCAAACAUUCAGCCUCAGCAACAGGCAGCCAUGAUGCCUCUGGCCAGCAGUGGAGGUGUGGCAGUGCCUUCAACAGGCCCGACAGCCGACCCAGAGAAACGUAAGCUGAUUCAACAGCAGCUGGUUCUACUGCUGCACGCACACAAGUGCCAGAGACGGGAGCAGGCCAAUGGGGAGGUGCGAGCCUGUGCCCUACCUCACUGUCGCACCAUGAAGAACGUCCUCAACCAUAUGACACACUGCCAAGCUGGGAAGUCUUGUCAGGUGGCUCACUGUGCGUCGUCCAGACAGAUCAUCUCCCAUUGGAAAAAUUGCACACGGCAUGACUGCCCGGUCUGCCUGCCGCUGAAGAACGCCAGCGACAAGCGUACACAGCAGCCCAUGCUGAGUUCCCCCAAUACCAGUUUGCAGAACCCCAUGUCUACAAUUGGUGUGGGCCAGUCUAGUGCCCCUACCAUCAAUACCUCAACCCCCAUAGACCCCAGCUCCAUGCAGAGAGCAUAUGCAGCACUUGGGCUACCUUAUGGUAGCCAAGCCACUGGGCAGGCCCAGUCCCAGCAGGCUUCCGGUCCUGGGCAGCCUACGGGUCCACAGAAUGUUCAGGCCCAGCAACAGCUUCCCCAACAGAUGAGAUCCAUCAAUGCACUUGGUAACCAGAUGGCCCUUACAGGGGCCACGAUGGGGGUGACCACUUCAGAACAAACUGGCCUUCACACAGACUCUCUACCCAACACACUCAACACUAACAAUCAGCUGUUAACAGAUGGGUCAGCUGUAGGCUCAAUGGGCAACCUACCAACAGCAGCGCCCAUCUCUGCCACAGGCACCAGGAAAGCCUGGCAUGAGCAUGUUACCCAGGACUUACGCAAUCACCUCGUACACAAACUAGUGCAAGCCAUAUUUCCUACCCCUGAUCCAGCAGCAUUAAAGGACAGACGGAUGGAGAACCUGGUUGCUUAUGCCAGAAAGGUGGAGGGGGACAUGUAUGAGUCGGCAAAUAGCCGGGAUGAGUACUAUCACUUUCUUGCGGAAAAAAUCUACAAAAUCCAAAAGGAACUGGAAGAGAAGAGGCGCUCACGGCUACAGAAACAGAUCAUCAAUCAGGCACCCAUGGGGGCCCAGGUUACCCAACAACCUGGUCUCCCCCAGCCCAACAACCCCUUAGGCUCCAGGCCACAGAAUGGACCUAAUCCUCUGCCCAACAUGCCAAAUCAAAUUAUGAACCGCAUGCAGGUGUCACAAGGAAUCAACCAAUACAAUCAUAUGGCUCUGCCCAACUCUCAGAUUUCUCAGACGACGAUCGGGGCUCGUGCUGCCUCUCCAAUGAACCACCCACAACAAAUGAGCAUGAGCUCUGUACCGGCGGUGGGAAUGUCACCCUCUCGGAUGCCUCAAACCCAGGGUAUGAUAGCCAGUCACAAUAGUGGCAACAUGGUGGGCCAGACAGCAAACCAGGGACAGUUUAUGGCUCAGACUCAGUUUCCUCCAGGAUCUACUGCUGUCUCUGCAACAGGGGCAAUGAAUGUCACAUUAGCACCUGGGAUGGGUCAGCCACCAGCACAGGCUGCUGUAACUCAGCAGCAGCAGCAGAACGCUAACCUCCCCAUGAAUGCCCUUGGUCCCUCACUGGGCCCUCAGCUAGCCUCUUCCCAAACCCCUUUGCACUCAACUCCCCCGCCUUCUGCCUCCUCCGUGUCCAUGGCUGGUGCGGGCACUAACAUGCCCCUCCCCCAAUCCUCCAGCCGUAGUGCUACUCCCACCCUGUCUGGCCUUGCGUUAGGCCAAGGUGCCACCCCACCCUGCCCUACUCAGCCCCAAAUGCAACUGGAGAUCCUGUCAUCAGCACAGGCACAGCCCCUACCUCAGCCCUUGCCUCAGCCCCCUACCACACCGCUUUCUCAACCAGGGGCCAGUCUGGAUAACCAUGUGCCAACACCAGCCUCAGCUUCAAGUGCUGACCUGCACUCACAGCAUGUCGCAGCCGACUUGCCUGUCAAGGAGGUCGAAACAGAGGCACACCAUGAAAAGCAAGAGUUUGAGGCCGCUGGCGGCAAAAGUGAACCCAAAAUGGAGACUGACGAAAACUCAAGUUCCUCACUGAUCAAGAAGGAAGACCCUCAGGAAAAACAGGAGCCAAUGGAAUUAGAGGACAAAAAGAUGGAUCUGAAGACUGAGCCAAAGGAAGAGGAAGUGGAAGGAACCAACGGGACAUCGUCUUUGCCCUCUCAGAAGAAAGUGUUCAAGCCUGAGGAGUUACGGCAGGCUCUGAUGCCGACUUUGGAAUCCCUCUAUAGACAAGAUUCCGAGUCGUUGCCCUUCAGACAGCCAGUUGACCCUAUGCUUCUGUGUAUUCCGGACUACUUUGACAUAGUUAAGAACCCAAUAGAUCUGUCCACAAUAAAACGUAAACUGGACACAGGCCAGUACCAGGAUCCCUGGCAAUAUGUUGAUGAUGUUUGGUUGAUGUUCAACAAUGCAUGGCUCUACAACCGCAAGACAUCUCGUGUGUACAAGUGUUGCUCCAAGCUGGCUGAGGUUUUUGAGGCCGACAUUGACCCCGUAAUGCAAAGCCUGGGCUACUGCUGUGGAAGGAAGUUUGAGUUUUCCCCCCAAACCCUCUGUUGUUAUGGGAAACAGCUCUGCACCAUCCCAACUGGAGGCACAUACUACAGUUACCAGAACAGGUACCAUUUUUGUGAGAAGUGUUUUAAUGAAAUUCAGGGAGAGAGUGUGACAUUAGGAGAUGAUCCUGCACAGCCACAGACGAUGAUAUCAAAAGACCAGUUUGAGAAAAAGAAGAACGAUGUACUGGAACCUGAACCUUUUGUUGAAUGUAAAGAUUGUGGACGGAAGAUGCACCAGAUAUGCGUCUUGCACUAUGAGGUUAUUUGGCCAUCUGGAUUCAUCUGUGACAACUGUUUGAAGAAGAGUGGAAAAACACGGAAGGACAACAAGUUUUCAGCAAAACGGCUGCAGUCAACACGACUCGGAAUGUAUAUAGAGGAUCGUGUGAAUAAAUUCUUAAAAAGACAGAACCACCCAGAAGCUGGAGAGGUAUUUGUGCGGGUGGUUGCAAGCUCUGACAAAAUGGUGGAAGUUAAACAGGGCAUGAAAGCAAGAUUUGUGGAUACAGGUGAGAUGCCAGAGACCUUUCCCUACAGAACCAAAGCACUUUUUGCCUUUGAAGAGAUUGAUGGCGUCGAUGUGUGCUUUUUUGGCAUGCAUGUACAGGAGUAUGGUUCUGAAUGCCCAUUUCCCAAUACUAGACGAGUCUACAUAUCAUACCUUGACAGUAUUCACUUCUUCAAACCUCGAGUUUUAAGAACAGCAGUGUAUCAUGAGAUCCUUAUCGGCUAUCUAGAAUAUGCAAAGAAACUUGGCUAUGCUCAAGGCCACAUCUGGGCAUGUCCACCAAGUGAGGGGGAUGACUACAUCUUCCACUGUCAUCCUCCUGAGCAGAAGAUUCCUAAACCCAAGAGACUUCAGGACUGGUAUCGGAAGAUGCUGGACAAGGCCUUUGGUGAAAGGAUCUUGCACGACUACAAGGAUAUUUUCAAACAGGCAACUGAGGACCGCCUAACCAGCGCCAAUGAGCUGCCCUACUUUGAAGGAGACUUCUGGCCCAAUGUUCUGGAAGAAAGCAUUAAGGAGCUGGAGCAGGAGGAGGAGGAGAGAAAAAAGGAAGAAAACACUGCUGCUUCUGAUACUCCUGAGGGUACCCCAGGUGACAGCAAAAAUGCUAAGAAGAAAAACAACAAGAAGACAAAUAAAAACAAAAGCAGUGUGAGUCGCGCCAACAAGAAGAAGCCUGGAAUGCCGAAUGUAGCGAAUGAUUUGUCCCAAAAGCUUUAUGCCACCAUGGAGAAGCACAAAGAGGUGUUCUUUGUAAUCCACCUCCACUCCGGCCCCAUGGUCAACACGUUGCCCCCCAUUAUUGAUCCUGACCCCUUGCUCUCCUGUGACCUGAUGGAUGGCCGUGAUGCUUUCUUGACUUUGGCCAGAGACAAGCAUUGGGAGUUUAGCUCUCUCAGGAGGUGCAAGUGGAGCACUAUGUGUAUGCUCGUUGAGCUGCACAACCAGGGACAGGACCGCUUUGUGUACACUUGCAAUGAGUGCAAGCACCAUGUUGAGACACGGUGGCACUGUACAGUGUGUGAGGACUUUGACCUUUGUAUUAAUUGUUAUAAUGCAAAGGGCCAUGAGCACCAGAUGGUGAAAUGGGGUCUCGGCCUGGAUGAUGACAACAACAGUCAAAGUGGCGAGGCCUCAAAGAGCCCACAGGAAAGCCGGCGUUUGAGCAUCCAGCGCUGCAUCCAAUCUCUUGUCCAUGCUUGUCAGUGCCGCAACGCCAACUGCUCUCUGCCGUCCUGCCAAAAGAUGAAGAGAGUGGUGCAGCACACAAAGUGUUGUAAGCGGAAAACCAACGGUGGUUGUCCUGUGUGUAAGCAGCUUAUUGCUUUAUGCUGUUACCAUGCAAAGAACUGUCAGGAGAAUAAGUGUCCGGUGCCAUUCUGCCUGAAUAUCAAGCACAAGCUUCGCCAACAGCAGUUGCAGCACAGGCUGCAGCAGGCUCACUUGAUGAGGAGAAGAAUGGCUACCAUGCAAGGCAGAACCAUGCCGCUACCGUCCCCACCAGCGUCAGCUGCUCCAACAACACCUACUUCCCAUGCACAGCCCAACACACCCCAGACGCCACAGCCGCCGCUUUCCAAUCAGCCUCAGACUCCCAACUCAUCCGGUGUCAUGUCCCCUUCUUUUCCCAGCGCACCUCGUUAUGGACAGCCCCAAGCAGUUGUGCCCCAGGGUAAGCCGGGGCCCCAAGCCUCCCCUCUGCAUCAGCAACCAUCCCCUGUUCCUCAGCCACCUCAGCCACAACAAAUACAACAGCAGCCUCCACUUGCUGCUGUCAAGAUUGCUCGCCAUAUCGAGUUGAUGGCACAGGCCCAACAGAACCAGCAGAACUAUCUGGUCAACAUGAACGGCUUGCCCAUGAACCCCCAGCAACAACAACAGCGUAUGACAGGACCAAUGCAAGCAUCCAUGCAGAUGGUACCAGGGCCUCGGGGACCACAGGUCAUGCAACCAAACAUGGCCCCCGGUCCAUGGCCUGGACCCGGAGGGCCCAUACAGGCUGCACAGACUCAACAACCAGGCCUUGUCCCAGGCCAGACCCCCACACAAGCCAUGACCAUGCAGCGAGCCAAGAUGCCCCCAGGACAGCAACCUCCAGGGCAGAGGAUGCUCAUUCCACAGCAGCCUGGUGCAAGGCCACAGGCACCACAAAGACCUGGCGCUAUAGCCCCCAAUGCCCUUCAGGAUCUUCUCCGUACGCUCAAGUCUCCCAGCUCACCUCAGCAGCAACAACAAGUCCUCAAUAUCCUCAAAUCAAACCCUCAGCUAAUGGCUGCUUUCAUUAAACAGCGAACCGCUAAGUACCACGCCAACCAACCACAACAGCAAACAGGUCAGCAGCCAGGUUUGCCCACAAUGCAGACUAUGGGCAUGCCAGGAGGGACUGUGCAAAGACCAGGAAUGCCAUCUCAGCAGCCUCAGCAGCCUGCUGCUCAGGGUAUGGCAGCAAUGGGGGCUCAAGGGCAGCUAAUGAAUCCAGCACAUAAUGCCAACCCCCAAAUUCAAGAGCUCUAUCGUCGCCAACUCUUGAGGCAGCAGCAGCAACAGCAACAACAACAGGCAGUGAUGCCUCAGGGACAUCCCGGCCAGUUCCCUGCCCAGGGCCAGGGUACAGCAGCUACGUACUCCCAACUCCGCAUGCAGCAACAGCAGAUGCAAGCCAUGCAAGCAGGUGCGGGAGCAGCUGGGGGCCCAUUGGGCCAACUACCACCUAUGUCCCAGCCGGGCAUUGGAAUGGACCCCGCUCAGAAAAUACUGCAUCAACGAAUGCUUCAGCAACAGCAGCAGCAACAGCAACAUCUUCCUCAGCAGCAGGCUGUCCUCAAGCAGCAGAUGGCUUCUCCUGCCCAGCCCAGCCCCAUGAGCCCCCAAACCCACCUGCUUGCCGGUCAGCCUCAAGGUGGGCAGCAUCUACCCGGCCAGCCCACAUUAGCUAACAGUCUCAGCAAUCAAGUGCGUUCCCCUGCACCCGUUCAGUCCCCUUGUCCGCCCUCGCAACCACCACCACAUUCCAGUCCCUCGCCGCAGAUCCAGAAUCAACCCCAGCCCUCACCGCAGCACCAACCUCCGCCCCACUCUAGUUCUCCACAUCAUGGACUUGGAGGCCCACUGUCAGGGUCCAUGGAACAGGGACGCUUAGGGACACCAGAACAAAGCGCCAUGCUGCCCCAGCUUAACCCUCCCAACAGAGGGGUACUAAAUAGCGACUUGAGCAUGGUGGGAGAUGCUACAGGAGACACGCUAGAGAAGUUUGUGGAGGGAUUGUAGCAUUUCUACUGGGAAAUGAAGAACUACCACAUCUUAGUACCAGGGACCCUUCCUAAAUUCUUCCCAACUUCCCUCAGACUCUUUAUUGUAGAGGGCUUUGUUUGUUCUUUCUAAUAUUGAGAGCAUUUUUGUACUCGUUUAAAAAAAAAACAAAAAAAAACUGUUGUAAAAACAAAAAAAGAAUUUGUUGGUGUGGGGGAUCAAGUCCAACACAAAGUGGGAAUGAAAUAUUCAAUAUUCCUUUUUUUUUUUUUUUUUUUUUUAAAUUUUAUUUUUGCUUCCUGCAACUGCAAUGGGGUUUGCAAUUUGCUUCUUACAAUGCAAUUUAAGUCACAAAGAAUAUAUUUUUUGGUUGAGACCAAAUGUGUUCAAUACUCAAUUUAUUUUUGGUUGGUUCUUGGUAUGAUUUCAUGCCAUCCUCAUUUCUUUUUUUUAUUUUUUUUUAUUUUUAAAGAAAAUGUACAAUUGAAUUGUAUUAUUCAUAUCUUUUGUACCAUUAGAAAAAUAACUGUCUGGAAGCUGGGCCAGGGUUUUGUUCUGUUCUCAAGCUGUUGUCCCUGGAAUUUGUGGUAAUACAUUGUCAUUCAUCAAUGAUGUGCUGAGGGACUGAGACCUCUUCUCUGUGUGUAUGAAGAGCACUCAGUUGUAUUAAAAUAGGAAAUGGACUGUGGCAAGUUGUUUACACAGGCAUGUAUACAGGUGCACAUGAAGACACCGAUGCAAACCUCACACUCAUGAAAUGAUUCACCAAUCCGACUGGUAUCACAAUAACAAAAUAAGAAUCUCUCUCUCUCUCUCUCUCUCUCUCUCUCUCUCUCUCUCUCUC